AUGCCAGCACGAAAGGAGACAAAGGAGGCAGUGGUGUAUCCUGCUUCGAAACGCAAAGCUCCGCCUUUUAAGCCGCUGAGUCGGCCGGCGAAGGUACCGCGUUUACCUACUACGGAGGAGUCGGAGGGCUCGACUAAAGCCAUUGCGCAAGCGGGCAGGAGAUUAGGCGAUAAUAAGAACGAUGGCGAUGACGAUGACGAUGACGAUGGAAGGGAGGGAGAUGAUGCGGUAGUAGGAGCUGGAGGGUCGGGAGCACGAGCUAGCAAGACUGUAGUUGAUUCAGACGAAGAGCUAGAGGAUGAUCCUUUGACAGCGCGACCUUUUCCACAAGAAGAGAAGAAGAGACCACUAUCGACGAAAGCGAAGCCCAGCUUAGCUAACAGACCGCCGGCUAGACGACCCGACCGUCCCGCUGUAUCUAUCCUCUCGCAAUCCGAGCCGGCAUCCACACCACCACCACCACCAUCUACAAAACUAACAGCAGGUCUAAACAAUACAGUCUCACCACCACCGCCACCAACCCCCCUCCCCGACGACCCAACACAACUCCCCCAACCCCUCCUCACCCGCCUCUUACAUGAAUCCUUCGUCUCCUCGACGACAAAACUAGAUAAACAUGCUCUUCAGAUCCUGCAGAAGUACAUGGAGAUUUUCGUGCGAGAGGGGAUUGCGAGGACGGCGUUGGCGAAGAGGGAGAAGGGUGAGAGCGGGGAGGUUGAGGGAGACGAGGUGCGGUGGUUGGAGGUGGGGGAUUUGGAGGAGGUUGCUGCGGGGAUGAUGAUGGAUUUUUGA